UCUAAAAUGAGUCUCUCUGGGGAGAGAGAGGAGGGGACCACUGCCUCUAAAAUGACUCAAGACACCAGUUCUAAGAGUGUCCAGAAGCCCAGAGCAGAGUCACCUGCCCCCAGCCUGCUAUCAAUGAAGAGUGAUCAGCCACCUGCUUUCAGCCAGGAACCAUUACCAGAUGACAAUAAGGAAGUGGAGAGUUUGGACAGUGAGGAUGCAUUAAAGAUCACACACAACCUUCUGGACAGAAGAAGUCAAACUCUUCUGACAGUCCAACAAGACAUUAAGGCUAAACUGAAACACAAGUAUCAACACAUAUCUGAAGGAAUUGGACACCAUGGAAACCAAAGUCUGUUAAAGGACGUCUACACAGAGCUCUACAUCACAGAGGGUGGAAGUGGAGGGGUCAAUAAUGAACAUGAGGUGAGACAGAUAGAGAUGGCAUCCAAGAAACAAACCACACAAGAGACACCAAUCAAAUGCAACGACAUCUUCAAGCCUUUAGCUGGACAAGACAAACCUAUCAGAACUGUGCUGACAAAAGGAAUCGCUGGCAUUGGAAAAACAGUCUCUGUGCAGAAGGUCAUCCUUGACUGGGCAGAGGGAAAAGCAAAUCAGGACGUUCAUUUCAUGUUUCCUCUUCCUUUCCGUGAUCUGAACCUGAAAAAGGACCAAUACAGUCUGAUGCAACUUCUUUCCCACUACUUCUCAGAGCUGAAAGAGAUUGACAACAUUGAAGAUGGUGAAACCAAAACUGUUUUCAUUUUUGAUGGUCUGGAUGAGUGUCGACUUCCUCUAGACUUCAAAAACAACGAGAGGUGCUGUGAUGUCACGAAGCCAACCUCGGUGGACGUGCUGCUGACAAACCUCAUCAAGGGGAAUCUGCUUCCCUCUGCUCUCCUCUGGAUAACCUCACGGCCUGCAGCAGCCAAUCAGAUCCCACCUGAGUGUGUUGACCAGGUGACAGAGGUACGAGGGUUCAAUGAUCCACAGAAGGAGGAGUACUUCAGGAAGAAAAUCACAGAUCAGAAUCUGGCCAAUGAAAUCAUCAAACACAUGAAGAUAUCAAGGAGCCUCCACAUCAUGUGCCACAUGCCAGUCUUCUGUUGGAUAUCAGUCACUGUCCUUGAGAUGAUGCUGAAAGAGGCAGAGAAGGAUGAAGUCCCCAAAACUCUGACCCAGAUGUUCACACACUUCACGCUCAUCCAAAUCAUUGUGAAGAACAAGAAGUACAACAAAGCCACAGAGACAAACCCCAAGGAACUGUCUCAGUCAGACAAAGAGAUGAUCCUGAAACUGGCAAAGCUGGCUUUCCAACAGCUGCAGAAGGGCAACCUGAUCUUCUAUGAGGAGGACCUGAGAGAGUGUGGCCUUGAUGUCACAGAGGCAUCAGAGUACUCAGCAUUGUGUACAGAGAUCUUUAAAGAAGAAUCUGGGCUGAACCAAGAGAAGGUCUACAGCUUUGUGCAUCUGAGCAUUCAGGAGUUUCUAGCAGCAGUGCAUGCUUCAGAAUCAUGUCUGGACAAGAAGGAAAAAGUUUUUUCCCCCAAAGCAGUCACUAGUGGUUAUGAUGACUACGAUGAUGAUGAUGAUGAUGAAGAUGAUGACUAUGAUGAAGAUGAGGAGAAGGAUGAUGAUGACGAGGAGAAGAAUGAUGACGAAGAUGAUGACUAUGAUGAAGCAGCCACUCCAUACCUACUCCAAAAUGUCAUCACACAACAGUACAGAGACAUGAAGUCAGACCCGUUGUAUGACUUAAACACGAGAGCAGUGGACCAGGCCUUGAAGAGUGAGAAUGGACACCUGGACCUGUUCCUCCGCUUCCUUCUGGGUCUCUCACUGGAGUCCCAUCAGAAUCUGUUACGAGGCCUUCUGACACAGACAGGAAGUACAACACAGAGCAAUGAGGAAACAGUUGAGAGAACAGUCAGGUACCUUUCAGACAAGAUCAAAAGGGAAUCCUCACCAGAAAGGAUCAUCAACUUGUUCCACUGUCUGAAUGAACUUGGUGCCAACUCUCUAGUUGAAGAAAUGCAAACCUCCCUGCGAUCAGGAACUCUUUCAGAAACAGAGCUAGAACCUCAACAAUGUUCAGCCCUGGCCUACCUGUUACUGAUGUCAGAGGAGGUGCUGGAGGAGUUUGACCUGAAGACAUACACCACAUCAGAGGAAGGUUAUCAGAGGUUGCUGCCGGUAGUGAAAACCUGCAAGAAAGCACUUCUAGGUCAGUGUGGUCUGACAGAGGGUUGCUGUUCAGAUCUGGCCUCAGUCCUGAGUUCACCCAACUCACAACUGAAACAACUGGAGCUGAGAGACAAUGACCUGCAGGACUCAGGAGUUACACUGCUGUCUGCUGGACUGGAGGAUCCAGACUGUAAACUACACACACUGGGGCUGUCUGGCUGUCUGGUCACAGAGGAGGGCUGUGCUGCUCUGUCUUCAGCUCUGAGGUCAAACCCCUCCCACCUGAAAGAGCUGGACCUGAGCUACAAUCACCCAGGAGACUCUGCAGGGGGACUGCUUUCAGCUGCUCUGGUGGAUCCCACAGAUAAACUGAUGAAGCUAAAUGUGGAUCAUGGUGGAGAGUUCAGGCUGAAAUCAGGGCUGAGGAAAUAUGCCUGUCAUCUCACCCUGGACCCAAAUACAGCAAACCCAGACCUGAUACUGUCUGAGGGGAACAGGAAGGUGACACGGGUGGAGGAGAAGCAGCAUUAUGAAGACCAUCCAGACAGAUUUGACCAUCAUCCCCAAGUUCUCUGCAGAGAAGUCUUAUCUGGAUCUCGUUAUUACUGGGAGGUGGAGAGGGAUGGUGACAUGGCUCACAUUGGUGUGGUGUACAAAGGAAUGAAGAGGAAGGGAGUGAUGGUGGACAGUUGUAUUGGAUACAACAGGAAGUCCUGGAGUUUAUUCUGCUCUGACAGCAGAUAUAACUUUUACCAUGCUGGAGUCAUCAGAUUCUUCCCUGGUCCUGUUUCUAACAGAGUUGGAGUGUAUCUGGACUGGCCAGCUGGUACUUUGUCCUUCUAUAGUGUGUCCUCCUCUGGUACACUGACACACCUUUACACAGAGCACACCACAUUCACUGAACCCCUCUAUCCUGGGUUUGAGGUUUACUCCUCCUCAGUGACCCUGUGUCAGAUAGAUGACCAAUACAUUCAAAGAGACCAUGGUGGAGAGUGUUGUAUCAAGCCUGGACCUGAGAACAGCAGAGACCAGAUAUGGAUUCCUCAGAGCUGUAAGACUUGUGACCAUGUUGAGGACUCCACACACUGGCUUCAGAUUGAACCCUUGACUUCCACUGUCCAGGGAGUGACAAUGUUCAGGCACAGGACACCCAAAGGGCGUUAUGAGUGCACAGUGUCUGGGCUCCGCUGGGUGUGUGACAGAGAUGUCAUUCUGAAGUAUCACUUCAGGAACUGGUAUCCCUACAGUCACCUUCUGAAAGACAUGCAGUACGGACAAGGUGGUCCAUUGCUGGACAUCACUAUGGAGUUAGGUGAACUGGAGGAAGUUCAUCUGCCACACUUUGUCUGUUUAGGGACCAACCCUUCCCUGAGAAAUGAGAUGAAUAUUCUUCAUGUAGAGGAACAUGGAGUGUCUGUUGAGGAAGUGCAUGAGGUCACCAGAUUCCAUGCUAAGAUUCUCCAUCCCAAGUUCUCACCUAUCGCUGUUAUACUGAGCUAUAUCUUUUUUUGGAACGUAGAUGUCCACUGUGACGUGAUCCUCUAUAUGGCAGUAAAAAAGGCAACAGUAAUUUCACGGCUGUACAUGCUCCUCAGAAACUCCAGCCAGAAAGAGGCUGUUCGGGACCGGGAGAAACAUCAGGUGUCCCAAGGAUAUUCAGAAUUGGUCCUGUCAAGUCCAAACGGGUCCUUAAAGCUGAACAGUUGGUUUGCAGUCAAGAAUCCCCAUUCCACUUCCAUCAAUCCAGAGAAGAUUCAGCUGUUACCUGCAGACACCACACCAAGCUGUUGUAAGAUGGUUAUGAAAAACACAGGGGUUGACAUUGAGAUGGAGUUAAUCGGGGAUGAUGAGAGGACAGUAUGGAGAGAUAUGGUACCAACAGAUGAAUACAUCCCUGAAACCCAUUCAACUAGUGCUGUGUUGGGGGCAGGGCGUCCGGCUGAGAGCAGUCUGACUGGUUCUGCAGAGCAGCAGCUGGGUUCUGUACGGACAGAGUUUGUGAGACGAGUGUCAGGACCUGUCCUGGAUGGUCUGCUGGACGGACUCCUGCAACACACAGUCAUCAACCAGGAGGAAAUGGAGUCAGUAAAGGUGAUAGCUGAGAGGGCAGAGAAGGCACGUGACAUCAUCGACAUGGUGUUGAGAAAAGGAACUGAGUCAUGUUCCAGGAUGAUCAACCUUCUUGGGGAGCUGGACCCCUAUCUUUGGUCACAGCUUCAGAUCUAAAGUUGUAGCCAACCCCUGGGUGUGGGGAGACCAGGUAGAAUAGACAGGCAGGGUGGUUCAACAUGGUCUUGGUGUCUGUUGCUUUAAUUCAGGCUCCUAAAAAUGUACAGAAAAUGUCAAUCAAACAUGACCACUAUAAUAGCAAUAAACUAACCAAAGGUCCAGCCACACAGCCUCUCUCCUUCUGCAGCCUCCUGGAGGUGUGGAUCUUCUAGCAGGAGGGUCAGUUAGUCCUCCACUAGGUACCUAGCUGGACCCCUAUCUAGCAGGAGGGUCAGUUAGUC